GUGACAUUAUUUUUGACAUUUCCUAAAUUCGACUGUUUGAGUUUUAAAAUGACUUUGGCAUUCUAUUAAAUUUGGAGGGAAAAAAUUGACUUGCUGGAAUAAUUUUAAUUUAUACGACAAAAUUUUUAAUUGUAAAACGUUGUCUGUACCUUACCAAUUAAACUUGCGAGUCUCACCAUGUCUCAAACAUCAAUUACAUCGUUUUUUAAUAGCAGAAAAAGACCUGCAUCAGAUGAUAUUAUAACUUCUAAGAGUAAAGUUCCACACGUAGCUGGAUUAGAAACAAGUGAAAAAAUAAUCCGCAGGAACAUACAAAAUAAGAAAUGUGAAAUCAGCAAUGUUACAAAAAGUGUAUGCGGUGCAAAGAAGAUUGAUACCAACAAGUCUGAUAGUGCAGCAAUAAAAGUUGAUCCUGUAAGUAAAAAUACACAAGAUCUCAAAGAAAAGACAGCGUUUUCGAAGAAAGGAAAUUCUUCUAAUAUUGCUAAGGCUGCAAGUACAUCCAAAGCGGAGGUAACAAACUCUGCUCGCAAGGAGCUUAGCUUGGGAGAUAUAAGGAAGAAGUUAGCUGGUAGUUCCAGGCUAGCUGAAUUAAAAGCAUCUGCAGAACGUAUCAGUAAAGGAAUACAAGAACUAAAGGAGGCUACUGCUAAAAAGAAUCUCAAGGAGUUUAAAUCUUUAGAUGUUGAAGUACCCUCAAGCCCCAGCAAAAAAACUCUACAGAAUGAGUCAUCGCCAAAGCAAUUGGCCCCAUCUGCAGAAGCAAGAUCUCUGAUCUCCCCGAGGAAAGUAUUUGUCAGCCCUGUCAAAAGCCCAAACAAGGUUCCAGCCUACAUCAGACAUGCAGCCCUGGCAACUAACACAACCAGCUUGCCUCUUCCACAUCACUACAGAUUUCUUGCUGAACUGUUCCGUGGCAUGGAGACUGUUGUUGCAUUAUUGUUUAACAGAAAUGAGAAAAUUACAUUCAGUAAACUCAAACCCUCUGUACAAGAAAUGCUCAAACGGAACUUUACUGAGAAACAUUUGGCUCAAAUCAAACAUUUGGUGCCAGACUUCUAUAACUUUGAAGUAGCAAAAAUUAAAAAACCUGAUACAUCAUGCCAAAAAGAUGCUUAUGAACUUGUGGUCUCACCAAACUUUCCCAAUGAUAUUAAAAUUAUGAAUCCAAGUGUCGUUCUGGAAAGAAGAAGAUACUUUUAUGACACUUUGUUGCAGCUAGUAAAGAAGCAUCAUGCACAGUACCUCCAAACUCUUGACCCUCCCAUGAUUAUUCCAGAUGCCAAACUGACACGUUGGCAUCCAGAAUUUGAAAUCGAAAAAGUGCCAGAAGUUGAUAGUGCUAAGUUGCCAGAGAUGCCAAAUGCUGAAAAGUUUUCUACAGCUCAAGACGUACUUGCUAAGGCACGAGAAUUAUUCAAAUGCAACACUAAAAUGGAAAGAGCUCUAGAAAAACUAGCACAAGCUAAAAUGAGAGGCUUGACUAAAGAAGAGAAAUCUGUAACUGGUAUUGCAGAUGAUAAAUCUGGAUCUUCAAUGAUUACCACUGGUACCCAAACAAGUCAACCAUCCACAAGCGGAGUAACAAUAUUAAAUCCUGCACUUCGUAACCUACCAGCAUCACUGUUGGAGAAAGUAAAGGCUAAACAAGCAGCUAAAGCACUUGAAGCAAUGACAAGGUCUUCAGACAGUGAUGAAAAGUACUUGAUAUAUAGCCGUCUGCCAGACCUGGGUAGGACAUUGAGGAACAUAUUUGUGACAGAGAGGAAAAAUGUUCUUGCUCUAAACAUAAUUCUUUCUAAACUGGACAGCAGUUUUAAAUCAAACAUAUCUGCCAAUGACCUACAGAGAGAUAUUAAAGUUCUCACUGAUGAGGUCCCUGAAUGGAUUAAAAUGCAUGAAAUAAGAAAUACUACCUAUGUUAGAUUAGAUAAAAACGCUGACUUGAAAAGUAUUAUCACAAAAUUAGAAACACUGGCCAAUAAGUACAAAAAUAAUUAAAUAACUUAAUUUAACAUCAUUAAGAGAGACUGAGUAAGUAAUUUUUUAUAUGAUUUAUGAUAAAUACUUAAUGAUUACUUAAGCUAAUGUAGUUGACAUUCUUAAUUAGUUAAAUUAAGAUCUGCAAAAUGCCAUCUAAAGCAGUUACGCUCAUUGUAGAUGUAAUUUAGAAUUAAUUAGUACAUAAUUUCUGAUUUGACAUACCAAAUUAUGUAAGUUAUUUGACAUGGAUGCUGUAGAUUUAUAAAUAAGUUGGACAUUGAUUCAUAGAUAUCAAUAUGUAUUUUAUAAUAUGCCAUACAAUAUCUAAAUUGAAUGCUAUAAAGCUUAUAAAUUAUGAACUUUAUUUAAGAAAAGUGGCACAUUGGUUUGUUU